UGUUUACGUUCUGAAGGCAAUCACAGUACUACAUGUGUCCUAUGGCAAGGUCCUGACACUCCCGUGGCAACAUUCAUCGGCAGUUGCUAUCUCCUUGGGGCGUGUUACUGUAUCACCAUGUGUGGGAUCUGGGCCGUGUUCGGUAGUGAUGUACAUGUCUCCGUGCAGUGUAAAGCUGCCCACAAGGUCGCACAUCGUGGACCAGACGCCUUCAGGGUAGAAAACAUCAAGCAUUUCAAGAACUGUUGUCUCGGCUUCCACCGAUUGGCUAUCGUUGAUGACGUCAGAGGGAUGCAGCCAAUGAGAUUGUACACCCAUCCUCACAUAUGGCUGAUAUACAACGGGGAGAUCUACAACUAUAAAUCAGUUGCGAAAGAACAUGGAUUCCAUCUGACCACAGACUGCGAUGGAGAACCAAUCAUUCAUCUGUAUGCCAAAUAUGGUAUUGAUUUCCCCGCCCACCUGGAUGGUGUGUUCGCCUUCUGUCUCCUCGACACGGCUAACAGGAAGGUCUUCAUUGGUCGGGACACGUUUGGAGUCCGCCCGUGCUUCAAGCUUGUCACAGACAAAGGCUUCCUGGCUGUGUGCUCAGAGGCAAAAGGUUUGUUUGGUUUGAGUCACAGCCUAACUGACGAGGCUGCUGACAUCGUGCCCGUCGCACCCGGUACAGUGGAACAGUACGACCUCGUCAACAACGGACGAGCCACGUUCCGGGAGAUGAAACAGUUCCAUUCUAUUGGCGACAUGCCCCUGUAUAAAACACCUGUAGACUCCGACUCACUAGGAAGUGAUGUGGCAGAGAACAUCCGGGUACUGUUAGAGACGGCUGUCAAGAAACGACUAAUGGCCGACAGAAGGAUUGGUUGUCUUUUGUCAGGGGGUCUGGACUCGAGUCUGGUAACAGCGUUGAUGGUUAAGAAUGCCAAGUUACAGAAAUUGUCCUACCCCAUCCAGACCUUCUCUAUUGGCAUGGAGGGGAGUACAGAUAUCAUGGCAGCCAGGAAGGUUGCGAAACAUUUGGACACUGAACAUCACGAAAUUAGCUUCACACCCCCAGAAGCCUGCAGUGUUAUAGAUGAAGUAAUUCGUCACAUCGAGACAUUUGACAUUACAACCAUCAGGUCUUCAAUAUGUUUACACCUUGUCAGCAAGUACAUCAAACAGAACACAGACACCGUGGUCAUCCUGUCCGGGGAGGGGUCUGACGAGCUAACCCAGGGGUACAUCUACUUCAAUAAAGCUCCAUCAGCUGAGGCCGCGGACCAGGAGAGUCGGAGACUCCUGAAAGACAUCCACAUGUACGACGUGCUGAGAGGGGACAGGGCCACGGCAGCUUGGGGACUGGAGAUCCGGGUCCCUUUCCUUGACCAUCAGUUCACCAGCUACUACCUGUCCCUCCCCGCUGAGGACCGCGUCCCUCAGAAGGGGGUUGAGAAGUACCUCCUCCGGUCAGCCUUUGAUGGGAUGAACCUCCUGCCCAAGGACAUCUUGUGGAGGCCCAAGGAAGCCUUCAGUGAUGGAGUGACAGCUGUCAAAGAUCCUUUGUUUGAGAUCAUUCAAGACUUCUGUGAUAAGCAGAUCAAUGAUGAGCAGAUGCAACAGGCAGCAACCCUUUUCCCAUUCAACACACCCAGGACGAAGGAAGCGUUCUACUACAGGCAGGUGUUCGAGAACUACUACCCUACUAAGUCAGGCUGGGUGCCCUAUAUGUGGAUGCCACGCUGGGUGGAUGCUACGGACCCUUCAGCCAGAACAGUCAAUAUCUAUGAGCAAAUGUGAUUAUUAUGUGUACACGUUUACAACAUUCAAGGCCUCGGUAACAUUUUUAAUGAAUUUUAAGGUAUAACGCCCUUUCUUUUUCAUCACUUUUAAAAAAAUGAUGAGGAUAAGAAGAGUAAAGAACUGACAAAAAAUAUCAGUUCUGGAAGAAACUAUCAGAAAUGACUUUCAAAACAUAAACGAAUAAUUAUUAACUGAUUUAUCAAUUAAUAAAAACAACUUAUAAAUUAAAAGCGACAAAACAAUUUCCAUAUCCAUAAGAAGUCUCGAUAAAACAGAGUCGAUUGUACGAUUUCGACCAUAUUAUGACCAAUUGCACUAUCAAAUAGUGAUAAGACCAUGUGUUCACGAAAAAGUGAGCGCUUCCUGGCCCACUUGUGGCACCCGUCACAAACACAAACAAUAACAUGUCAAUUGUUCACCUGAAAAAACAACAUAUGGCACAAGUCAAAAAAAGGGAAUUGCCAUUUUUGUCACUGGUGCCUCACAUUUGGAAAUGUGCUCAAUACGUCUACCAUAACACUUUCUGAAAACUUAACCAAGUCCUUGAAUGUUUUAACCCUUUUCAAACAACUGAGUAAGAGUUGUAUAACGUUCUCUGAAAAUGUAGACACCAAGGACUGGAGCUGCAGGAAUAUUGUUCGACAUAAAGGGAAAGUUGACUAUACUGAAGUCAUCUCACUUGUCAUACAGUCUUGUGGAGAGUGUUUUGUCACUCUGAAUCUCUAUGCAUGGAUCAAAAUAUGAAACAGAUGAAGCGGUCUCACUGUUCUCCUUUAUCUCUAAUUCAGAUAAGAACAGGUCUUCAGCAACCAAUGCUUGCCGUAAGAGACAACUAUGCUUGUCCUAAAAGGCGACUAACGGGAU